AUGUAGAAAAAAAGAGAAACAACUUAUAAAUUUGCAACUGAAAAAUUCAUGAAUAAACUCGAUACACCAAAUUUGAUUUCGAAAAUUUAUGAAAUAGCUCGAUCAAAACUAAUUCUACUUCAUGAAUAACAAUAAAAACUAUUUAAUAAUUUACCUAAACCUAUUUUUCCUGAAGAUAUGUUUGAGAUGAUUUCUAAAAAAAAUAAAAGUAGUUGA